UUUGUUUACAAGUUUAAACCGUUCAUCCGUUUCGAACGAUAUUUGUCAUGCCCUAGCUAGAAGGCGGGGUUAAGCGUCUGACUUCAGACUUGGCGGAACGGGAGUCACAUGUCGCGCUCUGGGUUGGGCUCGCUAGGUGACACUGCUGUUCGGAGAGACGGUUUGAAGACCGAUAAGAAGACACCGAGGAGCAACGGAGAGGACAGUAGGCUACGGCCAUGGCGACGGGCGAUAGUGGAGAAACGUUAGAGUCGUGGCUCAACCAAGCUACAGACCCCUCUAACCUAGAGCUCAGAUGGGACUGCAUCCAGGGAUUCUACCAGCUGGUCAACACACACACAUCUGGUCCCCAGGUAGCUACCAGACUGCUGGCACACAAGAUCCAGUCUCCUCAAGCCAGAGAGGCUCUGCAAGCUCUCACUGUUCUGGAGGCGUGUAUGAACAACUGUGGCCAGCGGUUCCACAGUGAGGCCACCAAGUUCCGCUUCCUCAACGAGAUGAUAAAAGUCCUCUCUCCCAAGUACCUGGGCCAGUGGAGCCCAGAGCAGGUGAAGGAGAAGGUGAGAGAGGUUCUGUACAGCUGGACUGUGUGGCUGAAGGAUCUGCCCAAGGUCCAGGAGGCCUACAGCAUGCUAAAGAAACAAGGUCUGGUGAAGAAGGACCCUGUGCUGCCAGUCACCAUGGUGAUGCCCCCCCCCUCCAAGAGGACCCAGGACUCUGUCUUUGACCAGGAAGACAAGGCCAAGGUGUGUGUGUCAUGGUGUGUGUGUGUCAGGUUACUGGCAAGGUUACUGAACAGCAAUCGUGCAGAAGACCUACAAACAGCCAACAGACUGAUCAAGCAUACCAUUAAAGAGGAGCAGGAGCGUGUGGACAGGGUCUCCAGGCGUGUGUGUGUGCUGGAGGAAGUGGAAUGUUGCACCAGGGAACUCACAACUCUGCUGGACUCUGGAGACACCACACUGCACUCCGAGCACAUGAAGCUCCUGUACGAGCGCUGUGAUAGGCUACGGCCCAACCUGUUCCGCCUGGCCAGCGACACUGUGGACGAUGACUCGGCUCUGGCUCAGAUCCUCUCGGCCAAUGACGAGCUGACGCAGGCGGUUAACGCCUACAGAGACAGGGUGGCGACCAGUGGGAAGGGGGGAGGGGCCAAGCAGAAUGGUAGCCAUGAUAACAGAGAUUCCCUCAGUCCCAAAGAGAUAAAGAGUUACCACCUGAUAGACUUGUCAUCUCUGGACUCAGUCUUCCCUCCUCCCCCCUCCAGCAUCCUCCCCCCCUCUUCCUCCCUCCCCCUAUCUUCCUCCCUCCCCCCUCCUACCUUCCGCCCUCGGCUGGAAAGCAACCUUCUCAGUCUGGAAGAAGAACUCAACACUCUGGGUCUGGAUGAUGGGAUCGUCAGGUCCUUCUCAGGAGACUUGCUGCAGCUGUGUGGCUCUGUGUCUGAGCAGGCUGGAGAGAGGGCCCUCUGCAGGGAGGGGGUGUCCAGGAGGACAGAGCCCUGCCUGGUGGCUCGAGGUGAAGAAGGGGGCGGGUCCUGGGAAGACUGCUGGGCGGUUCCUCCGACUCAACCAAUCAGUUUGUCAGGAUCUAGCCAGCCAAUGAGGGUUUCUCUAGCAGAUAUCCAUGUUCCUCUGCAGUCCAUUAGACCUAGCCGACUGGAGCCAAUCACGGUUUUCGACCAGAGCGGGGUCCAUGUCUCCCUACAUUUUGCCAAGGAUACGCCCCCAGGACACUCAAACGUUGCCGUGGUAAUCGUCUCCACAGUGAACACUUCCCCUCUUCCUGUGAAAGACUUCAUGUUCCAGGCUGCUGUUCCCAAGACAAUGCAGGUGAAGCUGCAGCCCCCGCCUGGCCAGGACCUGCCCUCCUACAAGCCCCUCCUCCCCCCUGCCUCUCUCUCCCAGAUACUCCUAUUGGCCAAUCCCCAGAGGCGUAAGGUGCGUCUGCGGUACAGGGUGUCUCUUCUCCAUGGCAACCAGCUGCUCAGAGAGACCGGGGAGCUGGAGGAGUUUCCAGACUGGUCUUGCUGGGUCGGACUCUAGAACCCUGACCUCUGACCCUUCUAGAACACUGACCUGACCCUUCUAGAAUCCUGAACUCUGAUCCUUCUAGAACCCUGACCUGACCCUUCUAUAAUACUGAACAGACCCUUCUAGAACCCUGACCUGACCCUUCUAGAACCCUGAACUCUGAUCCUUCUAGAACCCUGACCUCUGACCCUUCUAGAACACUGACCUGACCCUUCUAGAAUCCUGAACUCUGAUCCUUCUAGAACCCUGACCUGACCCUUCUAUAAUACUGAACAGACCCUUCUAGAACCCUGACCUGACCCUUCUAGAACCCUGGCCUGACCCUUCUAGAACCCUGACCUGACCCUUCUAGAACCCUGAACUCUGAUCCUUCUAGAACCCUGGCCUGACCCUUCUAGAACCCUGGCCUGACCCUUCUAGAACCCUGAACUCUUAUUCUCCAAAACCUGUACCUUGACCCUUCUUGAACCCUGACCAGAUCUUCCAGAACACCCAAAGAACUUUCUAUAAUCCAAGCAAAACCUUUCAGAGCCGCGCCAAGCAGUUUCUAGGACCUUCCACAACUCCAAUGUGGAACAGUUCCAACCUCAAAUGAAGACAGUAUUGGAAACUUAAUGAAGUCAUGUUCUGGAAACAACUGUGUGUGUGUGUGUGUGUGUGUGUGUGUAACUCCUAGCAGACUUGUAGAGCUCUGAGAUCAACAUCUAUUUAUUUAAUAUUUGAAGUGUUCAUCCUGCUAUUCAGUCUGUCUGGCAUCUCUUUCUAUGCCUUUUGGUACUGUGUGUGUGUGUGAGGAGGGAUGGGGUGUGUGUAUGUGUGUCUCUGCAUGACUACGCUUUGAUGCCAAAACCCCCUAUAGCCAACCAGCAGGACCUGUUUGGUCACCUGACUGCUGAAUGAGGAAGUGUGUGUGUGUCUCAGGUUCUUUUAUGAGCUCAUUAAUAAAACAUUUUAUCUGA